AUGACAAGAGCCAAACCUCGUUACAACUCUCUUCUUCUACUGCUACUAUUAUUCUUCUUCUUCAUCUUCAUCAUUUUCCAUUCUAAUGCUCAACCAAGCACCAUAGGCUACAAGUGCACCAUAAACCAGACCACCAGCCCAUGCCAAACUUAUGUCUUUUACAGAGGCCAGGCCCCAGAUUUCCUGGACUUAGCCACUAUAGGCGACCUCUUUUCACUUAGCAGACUAGAGAUCUCAAACCCAAGUAAUAUAACCUCUCCAUCUUCCCCACUAGUCCCAAACCAACCCCUUUUCAUCCCCGUAACAUGUUCUUGCAACUCAGUCAAUAGCAGCAUGGCCAUAUCGUAUGCCAACAUUAGCUACACAAUCAAAAAAGAUGACACCUUUUACAGAACCUCAACUGAGUACUUCCAAAACCUCACCACUUACCAAUCUGUUCAGCUAGUUAACCCAACUCUAAUACCUGUAAAUCUCACUAUUGGGGUUAGUGUCAUUUUCCCAAUCUUCUGCAAGUGUCCAAACAAAACCCAGAUUGGAAAUCAAGCCAAUCAACUCAUCUCCUACGUUUUCCAGCCUUCUGAUAACAUAUCAACUGUGGCUGCAACUUUCGGAGUCCAAACGGAGUCCAUAACCACCGUUAACGGCAACAACAUCAAGCCUUUCGACACCAUUUUCAUCCCAGUUUCUAAGCUCCCAGCCCUGUCCCAGCCCACUGUCGUUCCUUCUCCUCCUUCUCCAGAAAACGACAGCAGAAAGGGUGUCGUUACAGGGCUGGCAGUUGGGUUGGGGAUAACUGGGUUUUUGGUGGUUUUGAUUGGUGGGCUUUGGUUGUACAGAGAAAAGUCAAUGAGAAAGGAGAGAGAUCUGUGGGGUGAUGAAGAAAAGCAAAGGCAAGAACUCUAUAAAGGUGGGAAAGGUAACAAGAAUAAAGGGUUUUAUACUAAGGAGAUGGAAGAAAGUUUAAUGGCAGAUGUAUCAGGGUGUUUGGAUAAGUACAGAGUGUUUAGUAUUGAUGAGAUUGAAGAAGCCACUAAUGGGUUCCAUGAAAGUUGCUUGAUUCAAGGCUCUGUCUAUAAAGGUUCAAUUGAUGGAGACUUUUAUGCCAUCAAGAAGAUGAACUGGAAUGCCCGCGAUGAGCUCAAGAUUUUGCAGAAGGUAAACCAUGGCAAUCUUGUGAAGCUAGAAGGGUUCAGCAUAGACCCUUUAAACGCCACCUGUUAUCUGAUCUAUGAAUUUGUUGAAAAUGGCUCUGUGUAUUCAUGGCUGCAAGAAAAUGAGAAUGAAAAAUUGAACUGGAAAACAAGGUUAAGAAUCGCUGUUGAUGUUGCGAACGGCCUGCAGUACAUUCACGAGCACACUAGGCCUCGAGUUGUGCACAAAGACAUCAAGAGCACCAACAUUCUUUUGGAUGCCAACAUGAGAGCCAAGAUAGCCAAUUUUGGGCUAGCAAAGUCAGGCUGCAAUGCCAUAACAAUGCACAUAGUUGGAACACAAGGCUACAUUGCACCUGAGUAUCUUAGUGAUGGAAUUGUGUCCACCAAAAUGGAUGUGUUUGCCUUUGGUGUCAUUUUGCUUGAGCUGAUCUCGGGUAAGGAGGUCAUUGACGAUGAAGGCAAUGUCUUGUGGGCGAAGGCCGCUCAAAUUUUGGAGGGAAAUGAGGAACAUAAGGCGAAUAAACUGUGUGGUUGGAUGGAUGAAGCUCUUCGCGAAGAAUCAUACUGGAUGGAGAGCAUGAUGAGUGUUAUGUCUGUUGCUGUUGCUUGCUUGCAUAAAGAUCCAUCAAAGAGGCCUAGCAUGGUGGAUAUUGUUUAUGCCUUAUGCAAGAGUGAUGAUCUAUUCUAUGAUAUCUCAGAUGACACUUUAUCUGGUUCCCAAAUUACUGCAAGAUAAGUGGGAAUUGUGCUGAUAUUGUAAACAACAAGAAUUAACAUAAGAAAGGAGAAAAAAAAUCACUUUUUGGGCCCUUUUAGAAAUCUUUGUAAAGCAGAGUGAAAUUUAGCAGUUAAAUUUUUCUUGUAUUUGAAAUCAUGUAAAAUCAUAUAGUUUUCAACUUAAUCUAUUUUUUUUUUUAAUUAAAUGUCCUUAAAUCAUUCUGUUUA